UUUUUGUUCCCAUUUAUAACCCCCUCAUGAGCUCCCCUCGGCACCCAACCGAACGUUAGACGCCUCUCCCCCCAAAGGUACUUCUCCUCGCCAGCGGUUUUCUCACCCCCGAGCCCUUCAAAGUUUUAUGCUUCUCUCUUUUCCUGGAGGAAAAACCAGCGGCAGUCGGAUCGACUCGCCGCCGACACGGUGGAAUCGAUGGUGAUCUCGGCAGAGACGGGUUCGAGGCCGCCGGAUCCCCCGUCGGCGGCCGCUACGGGGCCCUCGAGAGGGGGGGAGGCGCAGGGUAAUCUGCUCCACAACUUCUCCUUUCCGGUUCUGAAGACGUGGGGAAACCAGCGGCUCCUCCGCUGCAUGAACUUGAAUCGUGAAGGGGAUAUCAUCGGCGGAGGCCGGGGAACGGCGGCCGAGAGCGGGGGACCGCGGAUCCGAGCUCUGCCGGCGGGCGCCGAGGGCGACGCGGGGCUGGAGGAGGUCAGGGAGAAGCUCCUCGCUCACCUCCACGAGGCGGAGGACCGGAUGAAGCUCGUGGUCCCUCCUCCUUCCAGGGUCGGGUCGCCGGAGAAGCCGGAGCCGGAUCCGGAGCCCAAGCAGGAGCCUUCUUCGUCGGCGGCGGUGGUGAGGCCGUGGAAUCUGAGGACUAGGAGGCCGGGGUCCAGGUCUCGGAUUGGGAUGGAGCGACACCUGAGCGUCUCUCCUCACCGGCCCCCGGCGGCGGCGGAGAGGAGGACGGUCCGGCUUAGGUCGGAGGACACAGACCGGAGGGACCGGCCCAAGUUCUCGAUCACGCUCACGGUGGAGGAGAUCGAGGAGGACAUCUACGCGGUGACGGGAUCCCGCCCUCGCCGCCGGCCCAAAAGGCGCCCUCGCGUCGUCCAGAAACAGCUCGACGCGUUGUUCCCCGGUUCGUGGUUGUCGGAGAUAACGGCGGACACGUACCGGGUUCCGGAAUAGAACCCCCCAGGCCGACCGACGGACCGACCGUCAAGCAGGUAAGCUUACCCUCGGUUAUCUGAACUCUUUCUCCGCUGAAGCUACGCUUGUCAGUAUGGGGUCAACUGACACCAUGAAAAUUCGUUCCCAAAACCUUUCAGAAGAACCGUGACAAACUAAAUCCCGUUCUAUCUUCUAUUUGUAGCCAUGGCUAUUCUCUUCUAUAGAAGCUUAUUUAGCCCCUAUAGAAAUAUUUAUUCUCUCCGUCUCCUCUAUCGGUCUUUAAUUAUGUGAAACAGUGUUAAUGUUAUUGUAGUCUUUCAAACCCCUCACCUCUUCGUUUCCUUUUAUGUAGUCAACAUCAUUUUGUGAUACUUCUCCGCCCCUUCUUCUUCUUCUUCUAACAUGGUAUAUAUAAUGGACUUGAAGAACGUGGAAAAUUGGGUCGAGGUCAAGGGGAUCAAGUAGGGGGUGGAGAAUCGUAUUUUAUUUUAUUAUGGUGUUUUUCUUCUUCUUUUGUUGUUGUUGUUGUUGUUGUGGGGGGGUGACGGCUGUGGGGCGAAUAGUAGUAGAUGGGGGAGGGCUGGGGCGGUCAACGCGGCUGUGGCUUGCCCCCUGGUCUCCCGCUGUGCGGAAUUGGGAUUUGGAAUGCGUCCUGCCAUGACCUCAGCCGGCGUCUGUGUUGCUGCGCGGUGGCUGAGACCCGGGAGGUAUCAAGGAAGGAGGGGAGGGGAUGGGUCUGGUUCUUUGAGACUUCUGCUAUUUUAUGAUUUUAUCAUGACUCUAUUGAGCCCCCCAAAAAACUAAAUGAUUUAUUUUGUUUCAGUAUAUCAA